CUUCAAAUUUGGAUCUUGACAUAUUUGUCCUAUAGAAAAUUUUACUCCAUAAACUGUCAAACGAUUUAAUCAAGUUUCCAUCCCUAUCUGGAUCGAAUUGCUCAAAGUGCACCGCUUGGCCGUCUUGGGGGGUCUUUGGAACCGAUAAGAACUCCCAAAAGUUGGAGGCACUUGAGAGAUUAGUGAUACCAAUCGUACGGCCAUAAAGGCUGCGAUUAGCAUAGAGAAGAGCGUCUCCGGCUCCGGCCCCGUGGCUCAGUUGCAACCAUGAUCUUGACAACUACAUUCCUGUGCUUCUGCCUGGCCUCGGCCGUCAACUAUUUCAGGACACGCCGACAGCGGUUGCACAUCAGGAAUCUCGGUGGACCCUUCACCUGGCCCCUGCUGGGGGCGAUGCACAAGCUGCUGUUCCUCAAGCCGCAGAAUUUCUUCCGGCGUAGCCAAGAGUAUCUGGUCAAGUACGGCGCUGUGACGCGCCUGUGGGUAUUCCAUCGACUCUUCAUGCCGCUGGCGGACCUCGAGCUGGCCAGGCAAGUCCUGCAGAGCGAGCAACACCUGGAGACGGGCUACGAGCUGAUGCAUCACUGGCUGGGCGGUGGCGUUCUCAUGUGCGGGAAGCAUCAGUGGGCCCAGCGUCACAGCCUCAUAAGGGGCAUCUUCGAAAACGGCAACAUGCUGCCUCUAACGGAGCUGUGUCGCCAGCAGGCGGUGCUGCUGCAACUGAAACUGGCGGAUCGGGCAGAGCAACGGGAGGUGUUCAAUGCUUGGGAGUUUGUGGCACCCGCUGUGCGGGAUCUGAUGGUGCUCACCACCUGCGGCUUGCGCCCCAGCGAGGAGUAUGCCAAGGCAUUCACGGGCCUCACGGAGAUCUACCGAAAACGAUUCCUGAGCUUAAGCUCGGUGAACCGCUUUAGCUUCUGGAUCAGCUCUCCCUUUAUGCGGCGCCGGCAGCUGAAACUUAUCAAGCGCCUGAAUAAGGAGCACAAAGAGCACAUCGAUCGGUUCCGCACACAGCAGAAGCUGGAGGAGCAACUGAGGGCGGGCAGCCUGGUGGUGGAUCGCAUCGAGCCACUGCCGCUGCAUCAAUCACUGCUGGAGGUUCUGCUGGCCCCCAACCUUAGGGCCUGCAUCACGGACGACGACAUCUGUGCGGAGUUGAAUACCUGCAACUAUCUGGGAUAUCUGCUCUGUAGCUCGGCCCUCUGCUUCGCCCUCGUCACGAUAGCCCGGCAACCGGCUGUUCAGCAGCGCUGCCUGGAGGAGCUGCGGAGGGCCCAGAGAGCAGACCACAGCUGGGACGUGCAGCGGCUGACCUACCUGGAGGCCGUGCUGCUCGAGACGCUGCGUCUCUACCCACCCCAAGUGAUUGUCGGCCGGCAUUUGAGCGAGGAUAUGCCCUACACCCACAGCGGUGUGGGGGAUGGCACUCUGCCCCUUGGCGCCGAGAUCUAUGUGAAUCUCUUUGAGAUGCAGCGCAACGAGGACCUCUACUUGAAUGCGGGCCACUUUCGGGCGGAGAGAUUUCUGGAGUCGCCGCCAGAGCUGCUCAGUUUCAGCAUGGGGCCACGGUGCUGUCCGGCACGUCAGUUCAGCAUGGUGCUGCUCAAGACCCUACUGGCGCCCAUCCUAAGCAGCUUUGAGCUACUGCCCUAUGGCGAUGCCCCACGCCUUGACUUGCGGCUCGCUCUGGGCUCCUCCAACGGCUUUCAAUUGGCUCUGACGCCGCGAUUUCAAUAGAAGGAUGGACAUACUUAGUAAUAACAUUAUGUAUAUGAAUAUAUUUUGGAAUAAAAUAACUAUUUUA